AUGUUUGUUUCUGACGAUGCCCUUACUGCCAACUCAACUGGUUUGGCUGUGCAGAUACGUACAUUCCCUGACACCAUUGCCAUACAUGUUGCUUGGGGGGAGGCCGCGGCGGCGAAGAUUGCGGACGGGAAUGCGGGAGAGGAGAAGCUAGAGAAGCCGCAGCGAGCCAGAGCCGCUGGAGGACCUGAAGAAGAAGCAGAAAAACCUGUGAAAACUAAGACUGUUUCUUCCAGUAAUGGAGGGGAAAGUUCCAGUCGCAGCGCUGAAAAGCGAUCGGCUGAAGAAGCUGCAGACCUCCCAACAAAGCCUACAAAGAUCUCCAAGUUUGGAUUUGCCAUAGGUAGUCAGACGACAAAGAAAGCAUCAGCCAUCUCCAUCAAACUUGGAUCAAGAAAGCCUAAGGAAACAGUUCCAACUCUUGCUCCAAAAACCCUUUCAGUAGCAGCAGCUUUCAAUGAAUAUGAAGAUAGUGAGCCUGAAGAAAUGCCUCCAGAAGCAAAGAUGAGGAUGAAGAAUAUUGGAAGGGACACACCAACAUCAGCUGGACCAAACUCCUUUAAUAAAGGAAAGCAUGGCUUUUCCGAUAAUCAGAAGCUAUGGGAGCGAAAUAUAAAAUCUCAUCUUGGAAAUGUACAUGACCAAGACAAUUAAAUGAAGUGUUUUGC